UCUAAACGCACUCACUUGCCGGCAGCGCACUCCCACUCCCACCGGUUCCGCCCUGGUCUACGUUCUGUCGUUCUGUGGCUGAGCUCCAAAGUCCAAAGAUUAGUGAAUCCAAAAGGCGACCAAACAGAUCCCCCGCUCCUGUGCUCCGCUCAUGUUAGAGAACCCCCUGGGAAAACGCAGCGGAGAAACUCUGGAGAUCGAAACCCCGGCACGCAGCUAGGCGAACUGCACGCAACUGCAGGUCGACGUCUGAUCCAUUUCUUGUCGCUUCAGCUUCUGGUGCUGGUCUUCUUCCAGUUGCAUCCUGGUUACCUGUGUCAAGGGGCGGUUGGUGUCUGGUGUAGUUGGAGGGCAGAGCUUCGCGGGCGGCGAAGAAGAAGAGCAGCAGAGAGACUCUGCUGACACUGACCGAGGGAGAUAUGGCGAGGAAGCUGAGAGAGUUGCUGCAGAAGAGCGGCAACCGCGUAUGUGCCGACUGCGGCGCACCUGAUCCCAAAUGGGCAUCGGCUAACAUUGGAGUAUUCAUUUGCCUAAAGUGUUCUGGUGUUCACAGAAGCCUCGGGACACAUGUUUCAAAGGUGCUGUCAGUCACACUAGAUCAAUGGACGGAUGAUGAGAUCAACUCCAUGAUAGAAGUUGGUGGAAACUCUUAUGCCAAUGCUAUAUAUGAAGCAUUUCUGCCAGAGGGCUAUCAGAAGCCGCAUCCAGAUUCUAGCCAAGAAGAGAGAGCUGAUUUCAUCAGGUCGAAGUAUGAGUUGCAAGAAUUCCUGAAGCCAAGCCUAAGGUUAGUUUCCAGCAAUAAGGGCUCUUUAGAGGCGACCAGCUCUCGAAAGCAUAUGGAUAAUUCUGUGUCUCUUUCUGCUAGUUUCAGCAGUGAGGCUGGAAUGGUUGAGUUCAUUGGAAUACUAAAAGUUAAAGUGAUAAGAGGGACUAAACUAGCUGUAAGAGACCUGAUGAGUAGUGACCCCUAUGUUGUACUGACCCUAGGACAGCAGCAUUGUUCUCUGCAGAAAGCAAAAACUUCUGUGAGUAAACGUAAUCUGAAUCCUGUUUGGAAUGAAGAGCUUAAGCUGUCAGUUCCCCAGCACUACGGGCCUCUGAAACUUCAAGUGUUCGACCACGACAUGCUAUCGAAGGAUGACGAGAUGGGUGACGCAGAGAUUGACCUGCAGCCGAUGAUCAGUGCAGCUACAGCGUUUGGCGACCCUGAUCUGCUCGCGGACAUGCAGAUCGGCAAGUGGCUCAGGUCCCCAGAUAAUGCGCUGGCAAGGGACAGCGCCGUCAAUGUCGUUGGUGGCAAGGUCAAGCAGGAGGUCUCUCUGAGGCUGCAGAACGUGGAAUCGGGGGAGGUGGAACUGGAGCUGGAGUGGAUACCACUCAAUCAGUAGAGUUUAAAUCCACCUGUAGGCUAUAUGUGAUGCAUGUUUCAUGUGUGCGACACAAGUCCUGAUGCUCUUGAUCAUCUUCAGUUUGUCAGGGUGCCUGCAGUGUUGUAGACUAUCUUUGCGGUUGUAGAAUCAGUGUCGGAGCCCGGGCACCUUGACUGGCUCGGCAACUCGGUACAAUGAUAGUUUGAGGACUCAAUGACUUGUUAGUACAAGUAUGAGACUGUUGUUUGUAUGCGUUUGCUGGUAAUGAAAUCUUAGGUGGGGGACCCUCCCCCUCAACUUUUUAA